AUGGAUUACUCCCUGGAGCCAAAUGUGUCCGUGACCACAGAAGACUAUUAUCCAGAAAUGUUGGCAAGCCCCUGCAAUACUGCAUUCACCCAGAAAUCCAGCUCCCUGCUUCUUGCCCUGCUCUACUGCCUACUCUUUGGCUUUGGCCUGCUGGGGAAUGCCCUGGUCAUUCUGGUUCUGGUAGCCUGUAAGAAGCUGAGAAGCAUGACUGAUGUGUACCUGCUGAACCUGGCCAUCUCUGACCUGCUCUUCGUCUUCUCCUUCCCCUUCCUGACACACUACACUCUGGACCAGUGGGUCUUUGGGAACAUCAUGUGUAAGAUCAUCUCAGGGAUUUAUUACAUCGGCUUCUUCAGUAGCAUCUUUUUCAUCACCAUCAUGAGCAUGGACAGGUACCUGGCCAUUGUCCAUGCAGUCUAUGCCUUGAAGGUGAGGACAACCAGGAAGGGCAUGGCAGUCAGCCUCCUGGUGUGGUUGGUGGCCAUUUUAGCCUCUGUCCCUUUGCUAGUGUUUUACCAAGUAUCUUCUGAGGAGGGCACCCUCAAGU